AUGGAAGCUUUACAAUGCCGAUUUCUUGAUCACAUCCCAUCAGAAAUUCAAGAUUUUUCCAUUUUAAAUGACUAUUGCUUAGUUCUUUUCAACGAUUCUAAACUUCAUCUUUACAGAACUUCAUCAUGAACUUUGCUUCACACAUUUCCAGGCACGCAAUCUCUUUCCCUACGAAAAGUUCGAUUCCACGAUUCAUCUCAUUUUAUCUCUGCAGGUACAAGCGGUGCUUUAAUCCUAUGGAAUCUUUAUAACCCAGCUCCAUUAGAAAUAAUCCAAGUCCCAGGCUCAGGAAUUUGGGAUAUUUCUAAGGCCAAUUCUGACUACGCUUUGGCAGGGGAUGAUGGAAUUCUUCGGUUAUAUGAAAUCGAGGAGGAUCAUUUUAACCAUACUCCCCCCCCCCCUCCGUGAGUGAACAAAAAAAUUUUGUUCACUCACGGAGGGGGGUUAAUUUUUUUUUUUAAAAAAAUUUAUAUAUAAAUUUUAUAAAAAAUAUUUUUUUUUUCGAAAUUUAAAAAAAUCCUAAUUCGCAAAAAUGGAAAGCAAAUAUUAAUUCAAUUUGCAAAAAUUUAUGUUUUAAAAAGCAAUUCGUUUAAAAAUAAACAGAAUUAGCUCUAGAUUUCAUUAUAAUAAUUAUCAUUUAUAUAUCAAAUUUUUUUCCAUAAAAAAUUUUUCUAUUAAAAAAAUUUUUGUUCACUCACGGAGGGUGGGUUUUUUUGGACAAAAAAAUAGGGAUUUUUCUAAUGGUUUUGUUCACUCACGGAGGGGGGGGAGUUAGCUUCUUAUUUCAGCGACAAAUAGAAGAAAAAUUGUUAAGUGUUAUAUGGUAUGACGAAUUUAUUUUUACAGGGACUCAUAAAGGCAACAUCAUAAAGUUCAGAAAAGGAAAAAGCUCUUAUGAAGAUCGUCUCGCAACAAGAUCAGCUGUAUGGAGCCUUUGUGCCAUAGGAAAAUUUUUAGCCUCAGGAGAAGCCAAUGGCCACAUAAGCUUAUGGGAUCCAAUACACGGUACCCAAUUCCAAACCAUAAAAUCCCAUGACGCUGACAUACUUUGUAUGUGCGAAUUAGACGGAAAUCUCUAUGGAAGUGGCGUGGACUCCAAGGUCGUAAAAAUUUCUUGGACUGGGCAUAAUUGGGUAGUCGCUGGAAAAAUCCGAGGACAAAGCCACGAUGUCAGAGCUCUUGCAGCCUGCAACAACACAAUUAUUUCAGGCGGCGUCACAAGUGACAUAUGUGUCUAUACCCUCGAUCUGUUCGAAAACGAAGGAAAUAUGAUGUGGAACAACAAAAUCCAGCAUGUGAUUUACAAGAAAAAGCCAAUUCGGCACAUAAGCACCCUCCCGUACACAUCUCCAGUUUCUAUAUGCAAGACCCAUCAAGGUAUUCAUAUAUUACACAAUAAAUCUAGCUCCCUAGAUUUAUGGCAAAUAGAUACACAAGCCCAAACCCUAUCAAAAAUCAUCAGUUUAAUCCCAAAAUCAAAGUCCUCAAUUACCUGUUCAGCGAUUUCUUAUAAUUCACAAAUUCUUGUAUAUUCGACACUUUAUUCAUUUAAGGUUAUUCAAUUGUCAUUAGAAGAAUUAAAGGCUGAAUAUAUAAAAACCAAUAUAAAGCCUUGUAGUGAGCUGGCUUUGUCAGGAGAUUUCUUAUUUACAGGUGGAAAAUCAAUGCAGUUUGUGAAUAUUAAGACGAUGGAAAUUAUUGAUGUCAUGGAAUUUCAUGAAGAUUUGGUAGUAAAAAUGAAUUCUAAAGGGAAAUGGUGCGCAGUUAUAUUAGCUUCUAAUAGAGUGUUGGUGUUUAAAGAGGCUGCACUUAUAUGUGAGCUUCCAAGGCUAGAAAAAAGCAUCACGGCUGUAGGCUUUGGGCAUAGAAAAAGACUGUAUUUAGUAACUGAAGACAAUUUUUUGCAUGGGUAUAAUAUGAAAACACAAGAGCCUGACCCAUAUACUCAUAAGUACGGCCACAAGCUCCCAAAGAACUUUUUAAAUGAGGCAAAUAAAGUGAUAGGAAUUGAAUAUUUCCCUAAAAAUUCCUUAAUUUUAUAUACCCAUUACUCCUUUACUUAUAUAGAUUUAUCUAAAAAACCACCAAAAAGAGCUGAUAUUUUGGUAAAAAACAGCUUCCCAGAGCACAGCCAAACUUGGCAAGGGGUUUUAAACACCCACCCUCUGCAUUCUGAUAGAAAACAAGGAUCAACUAUACAGGUAAAGGACUUAGUAAAUUUUGCCAUAAAUAAGAGAUUUGGACCAAUUUUGAGUUUAAAUAUAAUGAAAAGUGAAAUGGUAGUCACUGAGCUGGCCUGGGAAAAUAUUUUGGAAGUGAAGCCUAAGCCUAUAGCACAGCAUAGAUAUGGAUCUUAA